AUGAUGCAUGACCCCUUUGUCUGCUCGAACUCUAGAGCGAAGCUAGACGCCUUUAGAUACGCUCCAAAGCGGACGACCGAGAUGGAGGACGACCUACUGGAACAGCCGACUCAAGAGUCAGAGGAGACGGGAAAGACAGUAUCAAAGCCAGAAUUUGAUGCAACCAGGCCGGUACCAUGCCCAGAGACGCCAGUCCACAAAAUACCGCUUGCAGACAUGAUAAGCAACACCGAAGACGCCCUCAAAAACGCGCCAGAGAAGGAGAUCACGCCCGGAGACCAUGUCUUCUGGGACCACGGAGGCUCCUUUUCACGAUCAACUCCAAAUACUGCGAGUAAGAGGCGUAACCGGAGUUUGUCACCUAGCAGUUCGCCCUCCUAUAUCUCCGGGGAUGGUUCCUUUACCACUAUGCUCGCUUCGGACAAGCUGAUGUUGACUACACCCCAGCACGAUGCCGCUGCAGAGCUCUGGAAUAGGUACGUGGGCAAGGCAGAUCUGCCAGAGUGCAAUGUACCUCCUUCUCCGCGUACUCCAGGCCUCAAGGGUAGUGCAAGAAAGGCGGCCAGUCUACGUAGAACAAACAGCUGUGCCAUUGACUGGCCCAAAUCGGCCACCAAAGGGAAACGGUCUGUGGACUGGUUAGGAUCAAAUAGGCGGAUUAGGCGGCCUCUUACUACUGAAGAAGGCGAGCAGGGUCCUUUUGGCAAUUCAAGAAUCAAUAUGCUUGUUGACAGGAUACAGAAGUCCCUCUUGAAGAAGUCUGGUUCAAAAAAUGAGGAUCCUCCUGCCCCAGCCCCGCCUAGCUCUUCACCUUUGCCUGACAGAGCAGAUGAGCAGCCGUCUAAACGCAUGAGAUUUACCAUUGAAUCUCCCACGCGUAGAGGACAUCCAGAUACGCUUCCACCACCAAACAAGGAUCAAUUGUCGUCAGACUAUGGUUAUGACGACCAGGACCAAGAGUUUUUUGAGCUCGCAGCUGCUUCAACGAAUGAGGCUUUUCUAGACACGCAGAAAUGCAAAAAUACCCCUAACACAUUACGGCCUGAUACAAAUGCCAAUUAUGAUACCUUCUCACAGCUCGCCAAAGAUAUGAGCGAUGACUCCGAUGAUUUCGAUAAUGAUGAUUACGACGGCAUGGAUGAGAUUAUAGCAACAUACACUAAGAAUAACCCCGUACCUGCACCCACUACUUCGAAAAAUGCCGCAACGACGAAUACCACGGCUACGGCUACUGUUAAACCGCCUGUCACCCCGCAAAAAGGCCAGGUGAAUAGGAUUGUUCCUGAGGAAGAGUUUGAAAAUAUUAUGGAAUUAGAUUCAUUCGAUUCUGAUCCUGGUGACAACUUCGCAUGCUUACUGUUUAUCAAGCCCAGUCAAAAUCCGCAGGCCAUCAAGCGCUAUCUUGUCAUAGAUUUAGCCGAAAAUACAUAUACCAAUAGCAAAGGCCGUAUUCAGUGGGAGAAAGUACUGGUCGUCCGUGAGGACAAGAAGAAAAAAACUCGCGCCAUCACGCUACGGGACUCAUGGUUUGACUCUGCUGUUUCUAAGGACACUUAUAUUCACCUCAUAGGCAACUUCGAUCGCAGUGGCCAAUGCCUUGUUGACGACUCUUCCAGUCACGCCAUCAUCCUGGAUCCAGACCACCUCAUCUCUGCCACUGUAGUGGCGGACUCCUUCACAUGCCCUCGCCGUGCCGUUCUGCAGGACCGCGUCAAGGCCACCAACGAUGCUAACAAGCCUCAGGUCUAUGGCCAUAUCUUGCAUGAAAUCUUUCAAGAGGCUAUGAAAGCAAAUACUUGGAACCUACCCUGGUUGAAGAAUCUUAUCAAUUCCAUUUUACCAAAAUAUAUUGAAAGCCUGUUUGACGUUAAUCUCACUUUCAACGAUGCAGCCAGCUAUCUUGAGUCCAAGAUGCCUGCCCUUAGAGAUUGGGCAAAGUCAUAUGUCCAUCCUCGUCCAACGGCUGGCUCGAUGAUGGAUGAUAGGAACGGAGCUACAUCAAAGAUAUGCAUCAAUAAACUGCUUGAGGUUGAAGAGCAUGUAUGGUCGCCUAUGUACGGCCUUAAAGGCAAUAUCGAUGCUACCGUACAAAUCGUCCUUGAGGAAGAAGGGAGCCAAAAAACGCUCACAGUUCCUCUGGAAGUCAAGACGGGAAAGAAUAAUACAAAUCAAUCACAUCGAGCGCAAACGGCAUUAUACUCAUUACUCCUUUCUGACCGCUAUGAUAUAAAUGUUACUUUUGGGAUAUUAUAUUAUUUGGAAAUAUCAAAGACUCUUCGUGUUCGCGCCAUACCGGGGGAGAUACGGCAAAUGAUUCAGCAGCGAAAUUUACUCGCCGGAUAUCUCCGCCAACAUCUGGAGCUCCCACCCAUGUUAAAGAAUUCUAGACUUUGCAGCCCUUGCUACGCAAAGACAUCAUGCUUCCUUUAUCAUAAACUUGUCGAUGACGGCACAGAGGAAACCAGCGGGGUAGGGAAGAUCUUCCAAGAAACAUCUGGUCAUCUCAGGGCUCCUCAUCAGGCAUUUUUUAAGAAAUGGGAUGACCUCCUCACUCUUGAAGAGAAGGAGAUGUCAAAAUUCCGCCGUGAGCUAUGGACUAUGGUUAGUGCUGAACGCGAGGGAGUAGGGAGAUGCUUCGGCAACGUCAUUAUUGAGAACGGUUCUGCGUCUGAGAAUUCGGAAGGGCCACGAAUAAAUCGGUUCCAGUAUACCUUCAUCAAGCCGAAGUCGGUCUCAAGCUUCUCAUUUACAGAAUCACAGAUCAACGUUGGUGAGCCAAUUGUUAUCUCCGACGAGCAAGGUCAUUUCGCUCUUGCAAACGGAUUUGUGGUGCAAAUCAGCCCGAGACGCAUCACAGUGGCAGUUGACAGACGACUUCACAAUGCUCGAAAUAAAGAGCCCGGCUUCGACGCCGUCAACAAUCAAGCCUUCCAGGGUAUCAUGGAUAUUUCGUCCAAAAAUAAGAAUGCCAUAGAUAUAAACCGUGACACAGAGAGCCCGAUGCUUUACAGGCUGGACAAAGACGAAUUUAGCAAUGGACUGGCCAUUGUUAGAAACAAUCUAGUUUCCCUGAUGGCGCGGGAUGUUUUUCAGUCUGCUCGGCUCCGCGAGUUGAUUGUAGAGGGAGCUGCACCGGUUUUCAAACCUGGUUCACCCCUCUCUCUCCUCCCAGAGAGUGUUGGGCCUAAUCUAAAUAUGGAUCAGAAAAUGGCCAUUGGGAAGGUUCUAACUGCUGAGGAUUAUGCGUUGGUCCUCGGUAUGCCUGGAACCGGUAAAACAACAACAAUCGCCCAAAUCAUUCGUGCCCUGGUGUCCCAAGGGAAAAGUGUUCUACUCACCUCCUACACCCACACAGCAGUCGAUAACAUCCUGCUCAAGAUUCGAGAUGAUAAGUAUAGAAUCCUCCGUCUAGGAACACCGUCAAAGGUUCACCCCGAAGUUCAACAAUUCGCGGAAAUGGCAGCAACACCGAAGAAUACAAUUGAGGAACUUGAAGAUUCAUACGAAAACUCAAAAGUUGUAGCAACAACAUGUUUAGGGGUCAAUCAUCGAAUCUUUAAUACCCGAACUUUUGAUUACUGUAUAGUCGACGAAGCCUCACAGAUUACCUUGCCUGUUUGCCUAGGCCCUAUUCGCAUGGCUAAAACGUUCAUCCUUGUGGGAGACCAUUACCAGUUACCUCCGCUUGUUCAAAGCAAACAAGCCAUUGAGGGCGGUCUUGACCUUAGCUUGUUCAAGUUGCUAUGUGACAUGCAUCCAUCCUCAGUGGUGAACCUAGAACAUCAAUACCGCAUGUGUGAAGAGGUCAUGCUUCUAUCAAAUACGCUGAUAUACUCCAACCAUCUCAAAUGUGGAACGCCAGCCAUUGCAACCCGCUCACUUUCUAUUCCAAAUAUUGACGGCCUAAAACGCAUUCAUCCAACUUCCUUCCCGUCAUCCUCUACCCAACCACCCUGCCUAGGCCCUAGUCACAACAGAUGUUGGCUUCGAGACCUCAUCGAUCCUCGUGCUAAAGCACGUUUUGUUAACACAGAUUCCCUUCGCCCGGAAGCUCUGGACUCCGCUAAAGGCUCCCGUAUCAUUAACGAGGUAGAGGCUACACUCUGUGCACAACUUGUUGAGGCAUUUAUCUCCGUCGGUAUUGCUGCACAGGACAUUGGCGUUGUUACACUCUAUCGAAGCCAACUCUCCCUCUUGAAACAGAAACUUCGGCACCAUGGUUCCGGGCUUGAAAUGCAUACUGCAGACCGUUUCCAGGGCCGAGAUAAAGAAAUCAUAAUCAUGAGCUGCGUACGAAGCAACUCGGACAGGAACGUAGGUGACUUGCUACGAGACUGGCGGCGAGUCAACGUCGCGUUUACCCGAGCCAGAACCAAAAUGCUCAUAGUGGGCAGCAAAGCUACUCUUAGUGAAGGAAACGAGCUUCUAGGGAAGUUCACAGCUCUAAUGGAUGAGCAUCAAUGGCGGUAUGAUCUACCACCUAAUGCUGUCAGCCAGCAUUUCUUUGAAGAGCACGAUUCACUCUUCACACAAGCAAUGAACUCUCGAACUCCGAAAGCGAACAAAACGGCGAACACCUUUUCUCCAAGUCCGACAAAGAAAUUGACUCAGUCUCGACUUCCACUUAGUCCCCUGAAGAAUAAUAAGGCAAACACCUUCCCCGGAUCUGCAUCGGGCAUGAAAAGGCCGCAGAAAGUUGGAAAGCCAUUGGAUGGAGAGAAAAUUGUCAGAAAAAGGCCCGUGCUGAUGGAUGUUCUUAAUGAUAUGCUCGGAUGA